UAUCCGAUACAACCCAAAACGCAGUUGGGUGCCUCAAAAGCCACGUAAACACACAGUCCGCUGAGCCACCCACAGAACCAAACUGUAUGCUAGCGCCCUCCGCCGGUGAGAAAAUGAUGCUCACCGCCCUAUCAUCCGGCGCCACACUGUUUGGUUCGGGACCCAUCCAGCAAUGCCAGUCUCUUAGGCGUUUCAGAGUAUCGGCAGAUGGGUUUCCGUCGUUUCUUCCCAAAGAAGUAGAGAGAAUCAAUGAUCCAUUUGCUCGAAAGUUGGCCGCAAGGAUUCAGAGACUGCCUGUACAGGUUAGUUUUUCAGAGAGUUCAAUCAUGAGCAGUUGUGUGAAACCACUACUGCAGACGAAUACAAAUCCAGUGGUUCUCCUGCAUGGUUUUGACAGCUCCUGUUUAGAAUGGAGAUACACACUCCCACUGCUUGAGGAGGCUGGUUUGGAGACCUGGGCUGUGGACGUUCUUGGAUGGGGUUUCUCUGAUUUAGAAAGGCUUCCUUCGUGUAAUGUGGCUUCCAAGCGCAAUCACCUUUAUCAGUUUUGGAAGUCCUACAUUAAAAGACCAAUGAUAUUAGUUGGACCAAGCCUUGGUGCAGCUGUUGCAAUCGACUUUGUGGUCCACCAUUCGGAAGCUGUUGAUAAAUUGGUUUUGAUUGAUGCAAGUGUCUAUACAGAAGGCACAGGAAACUCAUCGAGGUUACCCCAAGCUGUAGCCUAUGCUGGGGUCUAUUUAUUGAAGAGCAUCCCACUGCGCUUGUAUGCAACAUAUCUGGCCUUCAACGGUUUGACGUUCAGUACAUCCUUAGACUGGACUAAUGUCGGUCGCUUACAUUGUCUGUUGCCUUGGUGGGAAAAUGCAACCAUUAAUUUUAUGAAUAGUGGGGGCUAUGAUGUCAGUUCCCAGAUAGAACAGGUAAAGCAGAAGACACUUAUAAUAUGGGGUGAGGAGGAUCAAAUUAUCAGCAACAAACUUGCAGUGAGAUUGCACUGUGAACUGCCAAACGCAAUUAUACGCCAAAUACCAGGUUGUGGUCAUAUCCCUCAUGUGGAAAAACCAACUGCUGUUGCUAAGUUCAUUCUGGAAUUUGUUCAAGACGAUUGCUAAAUAGAAGCUCAUUGUGUUUCCCGAUGUUAAAGAUCUUUAUAUAAGAUAUGGAGCAAUGUCGGUGCUUUUUAAUUAUGCAGUUGAAAAAGUUUGAUUCACCAUUCAAAUUAUAAAGAUGGACCGUGGAUGAAACCAUUUGAAUUCUUUUGCUGUGAAAAACAAAGUCAACUUAUUCAACUGUGCUGUAUGAAGCUGAACUAAAUGUUAAUCUGAGAAGAUAUUGUAUUAAUUUUACAUAAUUUUAGUAAUUAGCACAUACCAUAAAGAAUUCAGAGUAAUAUACAU